UAAUUUCGAUCAACAUUGGGGAUUUCAAAGUUGAACGCUUCUCCCCUGGGCCGGGAGACGGAUUUGCAGCGACCCCGCAGGAUUCAGGAAGGAAGAGUCGAAGCAAGGAUCCUUGUAGUUUCAUUUUCUCUCUCGAUUCAAUCAGGGAAACAUGCUUUUCUUUUCGUAUUUCAAGGACUUGGUGGGCAGGGAAGUGACAGUGGAGCUCAAGAACGAUUUGGCAAUCAGAGGAACGCUUCACUCUGUCGAUCAGUACCUCAAUAUUAAGCUCGAAAACACUCGGGUUGUCGAUCAAGACAAGUACCCCCACAUGCUCUCAGUCAGAAACUGUUUCAUUAGAGGAUCUGUUGUUAGAUAUGUUCAAUUGCCUCCGGAGGGUGUUGACAUAGAUUUGCUCCAUGAUGCAACAAGAAGAGAAGCUCGGGGUGGGUGAGAUUCAAUUGAAACUGUUGAACUGAUUGGUAUGAAGGUCUGAUGUAAUGUAGUCUAAAGAAGCUGUUUUGACAUUCUAGAUGUUGGAUGUUUGUCCUGGCGACAAGUUCAUUAAAAUUGAAGCUCACUUCUAUAGAGUGGAGCAAAUUGCUAUUGGGUUCGUGUAUGACAAUGUAAUUGCUUAAGAAAAUUGUUUACACACCAAGUAAAAUGGUUCCAAAUUGUAUUGGCGGCAAAAGAAGCUUAAUGAUUGUGUUGCAUCUUGGGGCAA